AUGAAAUCUAAUGAAUUAAAGUUGAAAUCAAAGAAUAUUAGUGACUUUGUGGAUAUAUUCAUACAAAAAAAUAUGCAAGGAGAAGAAGUUUAACUACCUAUUUUAUGCUAAUUGUCAAAAUGUAUUAUUGAUAUACCUGUAAGACAUUCCAACUUUGCAUUAAUUAAAUGUAUAUUCGAUUUAAACAUUUGGUUAGAAUAUUGCCAAAAAUACAAAAGAGGUGAAAUGAUGAUGGUUUGUCCUGGAUGCAAAAAAUAAAUAAUUUCAACUGAUUAUGGUGUAGAUUACAAACUCUACCAUGCUUUGGAAGCUUUUAAAUUAUUUAAGAUAUAAUAUAGAAGAAUGAAUCCCAAUAAAUAUAUUGAAUAGAAUGAACUAUUUUAUUAAGCAUCUUACUCCAACCCAGUUUAUAAAGUUAAAGUUAAGAAUAACAAAAAAGCACUAGAUUUUGAAAAAGUAAUUAUUCCAGGAACUUAUCCUAUUUUUGGGAUUUAAAAAAGACAUCUUCUUCAAAUUACAAACCAAACAAUUCAAAAAAAAAAAAUUCAUGAUGAAAUAGCCCAAACCAUUGAAAAAUUGUCCCAGUAUUUCAAUCGAAAAUUGUAUUUUCUUUCAAAGGAAAGAUCAAUAACAAAGUUACAAUAGUUAAUAUACCCUAAGAAAAAUGAAGUUCGGAAUUUAUUCAAAAAUUCUAUUAAAUUAAUUUCAUUAGGAAAAAAAUCUUUAAAAAAUGAUUUCAUUUUUGCAUUAAAAACAAUAUAAGGAUUAGCAAAUAGAAUUAAAUCACUUUUAAUUGUAUAUUACGUGUAUUAUGAUGUUUGGCAGGAAUACAAUUUAGAAUAUAAUUCAAAUCCUAUUGAUAUUUUAGAACAACAAUUAUGCAUUAAAGAAUUUGGUGAAGGAAAAGAUCAUUAAUUAUAUAUAAUAGGAGGAAUAUAUACUACGGAUAGAUUCAAAUAGAGUUCAUAGUUUUUAAGAAUUCAAUUUCCAAGUAAUCCAUAUGAGAAAAAAGAAGCUUAGUUAGAGAUUUUACCAAAUUUACCCAUAGAAGGGUAUAAUUUUAUGGGCACAUAAUAUAAAGGAAAAAUAUAUGUCUUCUAUGGCUAAACAAGAAAAGUAAUUAAUGAUGUGAUUAUUAAUGAACUAUUGAAUACUACCUAUGCUUUUAGAAGUAAUAAAUGGGAAAAACUUGAUAUUCUAUUAGAAAAUAGAUUUGAUGGAAGUUUUUUCAUAUCUCAAGACCCAAUUUUUGAUAAAUUAGUAAUAUUUUAUGGAGGUAUAUCUCAUUAUCCUGAUGGAAUACCUAACCAACUUUGUACAUAAUAAAACAGAAUCUAAAUAUUUUCUUGCAAGGAAGAAAAUUUAUUAGGAAAUUAAUAAAAAUAUUUUGAACCUGAAUUUUCGAAAAAGCCUGAAGAUUAAUAUUAAUAAAAAGUUCUAUGCUCUCCUCUUUUCUCUUGUUCAUAUUAUGGUAGAAACCAAUUGAUUUUGUCAGGAGAAAAUCUCAAGAAACCACUGAAUGCAGAUUCAAAAUUUGGAAAGAGAGAGAUAUAUACUCUUGAUUGGGAAAAUGGGAGAUUUAAGUUAAAUGAAAUAUUUUCACUAGAACCUCUUCAAUAACUUCUUACAAUAGUUAAAGCGAGUAGAUAAUAAGGAUCAUUUUAGCCAGUGGAAGACUUUGAAGGAUGCAUUGCCUAUGGGAAUUAUUAUACAAUAUUUCACACUCAGAGUGAAAAUAAAUCCCAACAAAAAAUUCAAAGUAUCACUUAACUCCUAAAAAUUGAUCUUACAAAUAGUCAGUUUAGAAUAUAUUAAUAUUAGGAUAAUGAUCAAUCAGUUUAGAAAUCGAAGAAAUUAAUAGAAAAAUUUGAAAUUAGAGAAAAUAUUAUUUUAUGA